UCCCUCUUUUCCCCCCAACAAUCGCGCCCCCCCAACACACAAAAAGAGAACCCUCGGCGGAAGUGAGAUAACAUCAUGGCGAUGUUGCUUCCGGUGCCGUGUAUGCUAAUGAUGUGGAUGAGGUUGGCCCGGGACUGAGCUGUUACCGACUGGCUCCCGGACAUCGAACCCGGCGUUAAAUCAUCACCGAGUCCUGGGAGACCGAGCCCGAGCCCGAGCCCGUCACCGAUCGGGGUGGACGUUAUCAGCCAAGAAGGAGGUGGCUGCCUUACCGGAGCACCAUGAUCCGCUGGAUACGGCAGCAGCUGGGAUUUGACCCACCGCACCAGAGUCCCACAAGGACAAUUUAUGUUUCAAAUCAUUUCCCCCAAUACGAGAGUUUUGUUCAUCAGAAGUUUCCAGACAAUAGGAUGAUAUCAUCAAAGUACACAGUAUGGAAUUUUAUCCCAAAAAAUUUAUUUGAACAAUUCCGAAGAAUAGCUAACUUCUACUUUCUUGUAAUUUUUCUUGUGCAACUGAUGAUAGACACUCCUACCAGCCCGUACACCAGUGGACUGCCAUUGUUUUUUGUAAUUACGGUAACUGCCAUUAAACAGGGUUAUGAAGAUUGGUUGCGGCAUAAAGCAGAUAAUGAAGUUAAUAAUACUCCAGUGUAUGUGAUUCGAAGUGGCGGCCUUGUCCAAACAAGAUCACAAAACAUAAGAGUUGGUGACAUUGUCAGAAUAGAAAAAGAUCAAACGUUUCCCACAGAUUUAGUGCUGCUGUCAACCGAUCGAGAGGAUGGGACGUGUUACGUCACUACUGCCAGUCUGGAUGGAGAAACAAAUCUGAAG